AUGUGGCAAAAUGUGAUGCGUGGUGCUGAAGAUCAAUUUGAUAAGCAUAGUUUGAAGCAUCUUGACUUUCUUAAUGAACCUUAUGAUUAUUCAUCAAUCAUGCAUUAUGGUCCAUAUGCAUUUAGUGGUAAUGGACGUCGAACAAUUAUUGCUCUUAAGCCUGGUGCAGAUAAAAUGGGGCAACGUACAUCAUUAUCAGAAAUCGACGUGCGAAAAAUCAAUAAAUUAUAUUCGUGUUCACGUAAAACAAGCCCUAAAAUUAUCAAUGAAAUUUCAAUUGGAGAUAACGCUGAUGUCACGAGGCCAGUAGUGCCGCUCAAAGUUAGAUUUUUCCGAUAA